AAAAAACGUAUUUAUAAAAAAAAAUACCGAAAAUGAAAAUUGUUCUUUCACUGUCCAAUGAAGGGACUGUGGCGCUAUCCGCCAUGUCAGCCACCCAUCGUGCCAAGUCAGUUAGCAACGUUAGCACGUCGUGUUAGCUACGCUCUUGUAGCUCUGCGUGAUGUUCGCCGUUUCCAUGGCGUUCUUUUAUGAAUUGCCAACUGUCACACAUGCAGUUGUUUCGGCUCGGUGUAGACCCGUAACUAUCACCAGAGUAGAUGAUUUAUGCCUAUAAUACGCUUUAAAUGUUUAAUGAAUGAUUUUAUUGAAACUGAACGGCGCUGCGUGCUACAGGCCUAGACGCUACGUGCUAGCCAAUCAAUGAACUAUGACCAUUGUUGACAGAUCCUCCGAAAACUCUGACCACGAGUCAGUCGGUUGCAAGAGAUCCCCCUUCACCAGUGGAGACGGGAUGGACAGCAGCUGUUCCAGCAGCUGGGCAGUGGGCCCCACUCUGCCCAGCGACUCUCCACGACUGAAGGGUCCAGCGGGCUGCUUGGGCCCGACGCCUGGCGCUGCUGUCUACAACAACACACCUUCCUCCGUGGACCGAUCCAAAGAGCAAGUGUUAGGCAGUGGCGACGGCAUCGACGUGCCACAGAAGGUCCUCUUCCCUCCCGAGCGCCUCAACCUAAAGUGGAACCAGGUUCAUCGUAUCGGUGCAGGUCUGCAGAACAUGGGCAACACGUGUUUCCUCAACUCAGCCCUGCAGUGCCUCACCUACACGCCCCCGUUUGCAAACUACAUGCUGUCGAGGGAGCACUCCAAAACAUGUCACGAUCUGGGAUUCUGUAUGAUGUGCACCAUGCAAAACCACAUCAUUCAGGUUUUUGCCAAUUCGGGAAACGUCAUCAAGCCCAUUGGCGUACUGAAUGAGCUCAAAAGGAUUGCAAAGCACUUCCGCUAUGGAAGCCAGGAGGAUGCCCAUGAAUUCAUUCGGUACACGGUGGAUGCUAUGCAAAAGUCCUGCUUACCUGGAGCCAAAUUGGACAGGCAAACGCAGGCAACCACUUUUGUUCAUCAGGUAUUUGGUGGCUACCUGAGGUCCAGAGUUAAAUGUUUAAACUGCAAAGCAGUCUCUGAUACAUUCGACCCUUUUCUGGAUAUCACUCUGGAAAUCAAAAUGGCACCCAGUGUCUCCAAGGCCCUGGAGCAGUUUGUCAAACCAGAGCAGCUGGACGGGGAGAAUGCCUACAAAUGCUCCAAGUGCAAAAAAAUGGUCACAGCCUCUAAGAGAUUCACCAUCCACCGCAGCUCCAACGUGCUCACCCUCUCGCUAAAACGCUUUGCAAACUUUAGUGGAGGAAAAAUCACUAAAGAUGUGAAAUAUCCCGAGUACCUGGACCUGCGGCCAUUCAUGUCCCAGUCCCAAGGAGAAGCCCAGCUCUACGGGCUUUAUGCCGUGCUUGUCCACUCUGGAUUCAGCUGCCAUGCUGGACACUACUUCUGCUAUAUUAAGGCAAGCAAUGGUCAAUGGUUUCAAAUGAACGAUUCCUCUGUGACUGUUAGUGACAUUCGGUCUGUUCUUAACCAGCAGGCUUAUGUCCUUUUCUACAUUAAGUCAAAUGAUGGAAAGAAAGCGGGGGACUAUGGUCACAUGAGCCAUAACUCAGCCGUACCCGGUCAGUCGUCUCCUAGGCCUGUAGUCAUACCCCGCAUCAACAGCACUGUACAUCACAACAACAACAUCGGCUUCAUUGGGCCUCAGCUGCCCCCGCACUUGGCCAAAAAUUCGCUUCACAUAAACGGGAAUGGGCCUCUGAGGGACUAUCCCAAGCCCAGCACCAGCUGCAGUGCUGUAGGAAAACCGAACCAUGCUGCGGCCUCCUCCUCCUCCUCCUCCUCCUCUUCUUCCAUCUCCCACUCGGCCAGCCAGCCUUCAGUGAUCCCAGACCAUGACAAGCGCCUAAAGCUGUCAUUCAGCAUCGGGCAAAACAAACAGAAUCGUCCCGCCUCUUCCUCAUCUUCUGCCAACAGCUCCUCCUCUGCCUCCGCUUCAUCGUCCUCAAGCUCUUUAGCCUCCUCUCAGUCUACCUCAGAUGCUCGCUUCAUCCCUCGCCAGAUUAACCAUGUAAACGGCACGCCACGCAGUAAUGGGGAUCAGCACGGUGGAGGCAACGGCGUCUCCUUCCUGGUGCCGUACAGCCAAGAGUCUUCAGAGGAGUCGGACCAGGAGAACGGUGGCACUCUGGAUAACGGCUGCUCGGUAAAGGGUCAAGUGAAUGGAAACAAAAGAACAAGGGAUGACAAAUCGGCUAACGGGGAGUCGGAGGUUCACCACAAUGGAAACGGUUUGAAUGGAUUACCGCACGGCGUAUCUAAAACCAAUCAAAAUGGCCACCAUUUUGGACAUCACAAACUCAACGGGCAUAAUGGUCCCGAAAAGAUCUCUGUUACUAAUGAUUGCAGUUUGCCGUCUGAGGUGACUGCCACUGUGAAUGGACUGGACACUGAACACUUUAACCCAAGCAAAGAGGAUGCCCAGGUCACUCCUGUUCAGAUGGUCGAGACUGCUGCCAGCGAAACCCAGCACAUAAGGGCUACAGGUGCAUCUGAUCCCACGUCUCAGCAAACAGCCCCCAGCCCUCCUGUUGUUACCAACAAGAGCGGUUCCUCCGCAUCUAACGAGUCGGCAUCCGCCAGUCCUGCAGCCUUACCCACAUCAUCAGACUCCUCUCUCAGCACCAGCGGGGUGUCAGCAGCUCUGCAGAAGGUUAACAUUCGUGCUGAUGAAGACAAGAAUGUACCAUUGACCAAUGGUACAUCGGGACCCACUGAGGGGCGUGCUAAUGUGAAAGAGCAGCAGUCCCAGUCCAGUCCCACUUCUAAAGGCAAUGACAGACGGCCGUCCCGUGAAAGAGGGAGGGACAAACUGUACUCAUCUGACUGGAGCAGGGACCGAGAGAGACACUACAGGGACAGGAGUCAGGAGCGGGACAGUCAUCGUUACAGACGGGACUACAGAGACUUCCACCACCGAACAUACAGGGAUCAGGAUCAUUACUACAGGGACUGGGAGAGUGAGCGUCGCUGGGAGCGAACAUCUCACCACCCUCGAGAAAGGGACCGUGACAGAGGUGCUCACCAUUACCACUACUACCAUCGAACCAGGGAAGACCGUGGUUAUGAGCGCAGAGGUUACGGUCAAUACAACCGUGAGGAGUCCUACGGCCGCUGGAAGCGGCAACAGGAGAGUCGGGAAUAUCGCGGGGCGAAGAACGACGGCAAGGACAGGGACUACUACCUGUCAUCGGCAACGACGUCCGAAUCAUACAAGUCACGGAGCUCACCUCAUCGGUACACUCCUGUGUGGGACGAUCCAAAUUACAAUAGGAGCGGCCAUUCUGUGAGCUCCGAGGAGCAGCACGCCAAGAAACACAAAAAGAGCAAGAAAAAGAAGAAGUCCAAGGAUAAAGAGCGAUACCGUGACAGCGGAAGCUCGGACCCAGACUCGGACAGAACCUCUGAACUAAAAAAGAAGAAGAAAAAGAGGAGGCACCAGAGUGAGCAGCAGAGCCCGGACGCCCGCAGCGAAGAAAGAGAGAACCGGAAGCGCCAUCAUUCCGGCACGAAUGACGCAAGAAAUUAUAGCGAUGGUUGUUCACUGGAGAAAUGCCGCCGCGUAAACUAUGCCGAUGCCAACCACGUUCCUCUGGUCCCUCCUAACAGCACGUUCCCCACUGCAGAUGCAGGUCCAUCUCACUGCCACCUUAACGGAUACACAGGAAACAGCCAAGCCAACAGUGUCCACUGAUGGUCGGAUGAGCUGAGCAGUACAAUGAAGCACUGACUACCCCCGAGCCCCCCCACCCCCUGCCGAUACACACAGCGGAGGAAUGACUAAUUGACGUGGUGCUUCAUUGGGAACAAUUGUAUUUUUACCACAAGUAAUGUGUUUUAAAUGUUCACUUUUUAAAGCGUUGAUUCAGUUGCAGUAGCUCUCCGGCUCCUGUUGGACGAUUAUUGAUGACAAAUAUUAAUAUAUAUACAUGAUAUGAACACAAACAAAGCCUGGAGCUUACACAUCUCAACUGCUGCUCAGCGGAAACUCAGGACUUCAACUCAUCCUCCUCUGGCGUCACAUUCAAUUAGAAAGAGACAAAGGGAAACGUGUGCUGCUGAGGAACGCUUGGAAGAGCGCCACAUGAUCAUUUUUAGCGUCAUUUGUUAUCACUCGUGGCAGCCCACUAACAAAUGCAGAAGGGUGGGAUGGGGGGGGCGGGGUGGGGGUAUUACGAACAAGACACACGAGCAAAGCUUCUCUGACUGAUACCUCCACGUUAUUACCCUGGACAGACUUGAGCACAUUUCCCAGCUUUUCUUGAACUGUUUUGUGAAGCCGAAUUGUCUUUUUUUGGUUCUUUAAGUCAUUCCCGUGUCUCUCAGCUCACAUUCUAUUUCCACAUACA